AUGAGUGUGUCUGGGGAUGAGGUUGGGGAUGAGGUUGAGGAUGAGGUUGAGGUUGAGGAUGAGGUUGGGAAUGAGGAUGAGGAUGAGGUUGAAGAUGAGGAUGAGGAUGAGGUUGAGGAUGAGGUUGGGGAUGAGGAUGAGGUUGGGGAUGAGGUUGAGGAUGAGAUUGGGGAUGAGGUUGAGGAUGAGGAUGAGGUUGGGGAUGAGGUUGAGGAUGAGGAUGAGAUUGGGGAUGAGGUUGGGGAUGAGGUUGAGGAUGAGAUUGGGGAUGAGGUUGAGGAUGAGGUUGGGGAUGAGGAUGGGGAUGAGGUUGGGGAUGAGGUUGAGGAUGAGGUUGAGGUUGGGGUUGAGGAUGAGGUUGAGGAUGAGGUUGAGGUUGGGGAUGAGGUUGAGGAUGAGGUUGUGGAUGAGGUUGGGGAUGAGCAACCACCUAACCCUAACAACCUCUUCAUACCUAGCAACCACCUCAUUGCUAGCAACCACCUCAUCCCUAACAACCUCCUCAUCCCUAGCAACCACCUCAUCCUUAACAACCUCCUCAUCCCUAGCAACCUCCUCAUCCCUAGCAACCACCUCAACCUUAACAACCUCCUCAUCCCUAGCAACCACCUCAUCCCUAACAACCACCUCAUCCCUAACAAUCUCCUCAUCCCUAACAACCUCCUCAUCCCUAACAACCUCCUCAUCCCUAACAACCUCCUCAUCCCUAGCAACCACCUCAUCCCUAACAACCACCUCAUCCCUAACAACCUCCUCAUCCUUAGCAACCACCUCAUCCCUAACAACCUCCUCAUCCCUAACAACCUCCUCAUCCCUAACAACCUCCUCCUCCCUAACAAUCUCCUCAUCCCUAGCAACCUCCUCAUCCCUAGCAACCACCUCAUCCCUAACAACCUCCUCAUCCCUAGCAACCACCUCAUCCCUAGCAACCUCCUCAUCCCUAGCAACCACCUCAUCCCUAACAACCACCUCAUCCCUAACAAUCUCCUCAUCCCUAACAACCACCUCAUCCCUAACAACCACCUCAUCCCUAGCAACCUCUCAUCCCUAGCAACCACCUCAUCCCUAACAACCUCCUCAUCCCUAGCAACCACCUCAUCCCUAACAACCACCUCAUCCCUAGCAACCACCUCAUCCCUAACAACCUCCUCAUCCCUAGCAACCUCCUCAUCCUUAACAACCUCCUCAUCCCUAGCAACCACCUCAUCCAUAACAACCUCCUUAUCCCUAGCAACCUCCUCAUCCCUAACAACCUCCUCAUCCCUAACAACCUCCUCAUCCCUAACAACCUCCUCAUCCCUAGCAACCACCUCAUCCAUAACAACCUCCUCAUCCCUAGCAACCACCUCAUCCCUAGCAACCCCCUCAUCCAUAACAACCACCUCAUCCAUAACAACCUCCUCACCCUAACAACCUCCUCAUCCCUAGCAACCACCUCAUCCUUAACAACCUCCUCAUCCCUAACAACCUCCUCAUCCCUAGCAACCACCUCAUCCCUAACAACCUCCUCA